AUGCUGUCAUCUGUUACUAUCAUAGUCUUCUGUUUCUGUGUUAUGUUCGCUGAAGGAACUACUGAUGAGAAACUGGAAGAGAUCGUCAACAGAUAUAAUCUUUCACGUGCUAAUGGUGGAUAUGGGGAAGAAAAUAUCGAUCGCCACUCGAACAUGAUGACUGCAAAAUUUAAUAUUGACGGUGAAGAAAAAACUCUGAGUGUAGUGAAGAAUUGGUUACUAUUAUAUACUGGUGAAACUGAUUUUUACUGGGUGAAAGCUGAAACAGUUCAAAUUGUAUUACAUUAUGUGGAUGGAAACACUCCAAUAAAGGUAACCCAACUUCAUGAUGAUGGUAAACUGAGCGUACAGUAUUUAGGUAGUUUAUCUGAUAAAGUAUGUUCAGCUCUUAAUUGUCAAUUUGAAAUUAUUCAACCAGUCGGUGCAGUCAUGAAGAAGGAACUGUUGGAUGUAACUGGUUGGGCUGUGUUGAACACCAUUACUUCUCCGUAUUUGACAGACAAGAGUGGUCUUGUUUUUACACACGACGGUGAACUGAGAUGCCGCCUGGAUUAG